AUAUAGAUAAUAUUUGAUUUAAUACAUGUCUUGACUCCCUCCCCUUUAUGUGCUGCGCCAUUUCGUGCAGGGUGUAACCAGUUUCUUAUAGCUACAAGAAGAGUACCUCAGCACUAUAUUGACAUUUUGCUGAAAUAAGUCAUUUUAACCUUUAAGCUCCUGGUGAGUAUUUUGAUUCAAGACUUUUGAAUUUUUUUUCUCUGACUGCAAUAUCUUUGGAAUUUUCUUUUUUUAAAGCCAUUUAUUUUUCUAUUUGAGCGAGCGGUUAGCUAGCUAACGAUUAGUUAGCUCAUCAUGGUUCCAUCACAGAGUUUCUAAACAUACUGAUGUACUUACUGACUUUGGUUCCAUUAGCGUUUUAGCAAGCUAGCUAGCUAGCUAGUUGGCCCGGCAAAAUGCUGGCUAGAAGGAUCCUUAACAUUUUUGCUAGCUUUUUUGCCAUCUCUUUUGUUGUCUUGCAAAUUGAGUUCAUGAUUGUGUAAGCCGAGCUAGUUACAUUUUUAUGACAAUCUGCGAAUAACGCGCUCUGUCUGGACAAUAACACGCUGCACUGCAGCCGUUUUGCAGCUAACGUUAGUUUGGCUGGUUAACUUUAGCUUGCAGCAUAGCCAUAACGCUAACAUUUUUUUACUAGCAAUCUUCCCUGUUGAACCUUGAUUUUGGCCGGUGGUGGUUUUUACAUUUUUGUGAUUGAUUAGCUGGUUUUGGAGUCCUUGGAUAUCCACAGAAAGACUGAUACAGGAACGCUAUUUUUGCGGGAAUUAUUUUUUUCUGCAAGAAAUGCUGGUUGGCCACCUUUCUCUGGACACGUUUUUCACAUAUAUAAGUCGUGGGGGCGAAGUUCUGCGUUCUGAGAGGGUGCUGAUGAAGUUGUAGUUUUUGCUGAGAGCACUCAAGACACCUGCCCGCACACACUGGCCCUGCGCUCAGUGUCAGAACUGACUGACAGACAGACGAUCGCCCUGCACACAGACGCUAUGGAUCUGUCCCCCACCACCAGCAGCCUGAUGGCCAGCAACGUGACCAACAAGACGGACCCGCGCUCACUGAACUCGCGGGUCUUUAUCGGGAACCUCAACACGCUCCUGGUCACCAAGGCAGACGUGGAGGCAAUCUUCAGCAAGUAUGGCAAGAUCGUGGGCUGUUCUGUGCACAAGGGCUUUGCCUUCGUCCAGUUCGCCAACGAGAGAUGUGCCCGGGCCGCUGUAGGGGCCGAGGAUGGACGCAUGAUCGUGGGACAGGUGCUGGACAUUAACUUGGCUGGAGAACCCAAACCCCACAGGUCAAAGACCGCAAAGCGCUCGGCGGGAGAAAUGUACAGGUCUGAUUCAAUUAGUCCCACGUUUGAUCUGGACUAUGACUUCCAGAGAGAUUAUUAUGACCGAGUGUACUCGUACCCAUCCCGUGUGCCCCCUCCUCCUCCAUCCUUGUCCCGAGCAGUGAUCCCGUCCAAGCGCCCGCGGAUCAGCAUGACUGGAGGGGGCAGCCGCCGCAGCAAGGCCAGUUUCUCCUCUUCCUCCAAGAGCAGCCAGAGGGCAUCCUCAAGAACAAUGAAAACAGAUGACCUGCAGACCAUCAAGAAGGAGCUGACAAUGAUUAAACACAAAGUAGACUACCUGCUGGAGAGCCUAGACCGCAUGGAGAAGGACCACAGCAAGAAGUCAGAUGAGAAGGGUGCAAAGCCUGAGCCUGGACAGGUGUCCUCACAGCAGCACUGCAGCAUCAAGAAGGAGGAGAGCAUCGAGAGGGAGGAUCUCAACGACUCUGAGGAGGAGGGGGAUCUGCUGGAAGAGGAGGAGGUGAAGAGUCAACAAAGAGAGGAGGAGGAGGAGGAUGAUGAUGAUGAUGAAGAGGAGGAGGAAGGAGAGCAUGUGGAUGGAGACGACGAUGGUGACAGUGUCAACGGAGAUGAGGACUCUUAGACCACAUGCAGACUGAUGCACACUUGUACAGACAACGCAUCCACAUGGCUUCCAGUGGCUCCUCCGACUCCUAUUUUAAUACCCACACUACUCCGAAACGUGAGAGAACGUCAAUGCACACACUCCGAGAACACCUGCCCCCACUACCACCCUUCCAUUGUCCCACAGGUCUUUUUAUUUCUCUUGAUGCAAUUUAGUUCAUCCCUGUUUCAUCCCACUCCUAUCAUUGUGUUAUUCAUUUAGCAUUGUCUUGCAGCCAGGUACAUUGAAACGAGAUGUAGAUAGUGAGCGUUAUGAAGUGAUUUGUUGUGCUGCUGUUGCUCUUUUGACCAGAGAGCAGAAAUGGCUGUUCUCUGACCUGAGCCACAAGUCAAACCACCACAUUGGCUUUACUAGCAUUGGUAAUCAAGCAAUGACAACAACUUUAAAGAUUGAGUGAACGUUUAAAGAAAAAAAAUUGUCCACUUGAGUUUGUAUGUUCCUGAUUUUCAUGUCAUUACUCUUUUAUACUACUCGGUCUAAGUUGUACUGUAAUAAUAAAUUGCAAUUAAAUACUCAAAUGAA